AUGUCACUUUUUAAACGAAAAUUAUCAACAGAUAAUAUUCUUAUAAAGAAAGCUUUAAUCCAAGAGAAAGUAUCUCUCGUGAGCAAUAUUGAUUAUAUAGAUUCCGAUUCCGAUGUAAACGAUCAGAAUGAAUCACAUUUCUUUUCGGUAAUAUGGUCAGGUAACAGCAAAUCCCUCACUUGCAACUUUGGUGAUCUUCCACAUUGGCUGCAAGAUAAUGUCGAUAUUCUUAAAG